AUGUACGCAACACUACAGAAGCGCCAAACAGCAGCAAGACCGGAUGGUCGUCGAAGUCGAAGAAGCCGCCACGCCUGCAGCAGCUACAGCUACACGCGGAAGCCAACAAGACGGACCACGAAGCCCAGGAGUGACGACGACAACACAACCGCUCGAAGGACGCCGCGUUCAACGCCGUCGCCUACAACUCGCGUGUCGCCGUACCCGCUACGUGUUCGAACUCCACCUCAAUCACUCCCGCCUCCCGCACCUCCCGUGUGCCGACAAGCGCGCGUCUCGCUCGAUGCCUCGCCUGAUAAUGAAGACCACGAUGAUGCAGGGCAACACCGGUUACAACUAGUUGUGUAG